AAGAAAUUAGAGACUGAGGGAUUUUGUUCAGGCAUUUUUUUCAGAUGAGAUGAAUCUUCACAAAAUCACUCAAGAAGGGCAUUCCCAAGUGCAUGAGGUUGUUUGGUGAACACCUCAGGAAAGAAGAAGGUUCCACCCUCUAGGACACUGCUCUUGCUUUUAGUUUUCUGAUUUCUUUCAUGGACUCUGAGAGAUCCUGUGUGGACCUCAGUCAUGCUUCAGUUUGUACUGGAAACCUUCUGAUUACUAAAACAAACAGGACAAAAGAGUUAUCCUAGGCUGGAAAAAGAGUUACCCUAGGAUAAAAGAGCUAAUAACAAUUGGACAUUCAACAGUCAAUUUAGUCAUUUCAAUCUCAUUCUUCACUUGGUGCUGUCAGGUAGUAAGUGUUUUUAAACCAAGAGCAAACUUCCUACCCAGAGAGCCCAAAGCUGUUGAUACAUAUGCUUUAAUCAAAGCACUGCAUUCAGCACACUAAUGGCAGAAACAGGUAAUUCCCCCAGGCCUGUCACUGUUUGGAGAACAAUGAAAUUGCUUUCAUCUAAGAGAGUUCUAAUUUAAUAAUAAUGGUGGUGUCUGGCUGUCAGAGUGGUCUGCUAAUGCCAUGGAGUCUGCUUCCGGACAGGAAUUGCCCACUGAUAUUAUCAGUCAUUGUAAACUGCCUUGACUGGGAAGUCAAUCAUUAACUCUGGUCCCCAUGUCAUAAAAACAUCAUAUUGUUUAAGAGCAUGACUGGCUUAAGGCUCUCACUAAUCAAUCAGGCAUACAGCAGGAAUACAGCAACACAUAAAAGGAGCCAGAGACUCGGGAAAUCCUUCAGCUAAGGGGAGACAAGCUGCGCCGAGGUUUAUCUCCAUGGAGAAAUCCACUGACAAGCCAAACAAGGAAAACAGAUUGUCAGCUCCUGGAGCACUGCAGGCUGAGGCAGACAGUCCAGCGCCCGUGGCAGGAGGUGCUGCAGAAAUGAGCAGAGCAGGAUCCGUAACACAAAACUCAGAACAUGAGAGGAGAGUGGGGUUCACUGAAGAGUGUACUGAAGAAAUGGAGAGACCUUCAGGAACAGAGAGAGACAGUCCUGCUGCCUUUAAAGCAGCAGGUUUGGAACAAGACUGUCCAAACUCACAGCCGCUUGCUGUGCUAACAGACACAAACUCUCCUGAAAUGAGCACGUUGGACCUGAACCUGCAGUGCUCAGACACAGCCACCCCAGACAUGGACUGCAUGAUCUGCUUCAACAAGUACAGCAUCUACAGAGUCCCAAAGCUCCUGGACUGCCAGCACAACUUCUGCGCCAUCUGCCUCAAGCUGAUCCUCAGGAAAGAGAAGAGCACCUGGACAAUCACCUGCCCUCUCUGCAGAAAAUCCACCUGCGUGUCAGGAGGGCUGAUCCGCACGCUCCAGAACCAAGAAGACAUCCUGGAGCGCUUGGAGAGCCUUGACUCAAACCCUGAGGUGUACAUCUGUGCCAUGGGGCUGGAUGGCAACAACAGCUGGGCUCAGAGCAGCCAGGACAUGUUGAACGCAGAGGAAAGCAGCCCAGCACACAGCAGCCUGGCUGUGCAGAGACUCCUGCUGCUCCUGCUGCUCGGGGUGAUCCUCGCCCUGCUCAUCCUCCCCUUCAUGUACUCAGGGAGGGUGAAGUGGGUAAUUUGUCUCCUGCUUACUUUGGGCUUGCUCAUGUCUAUGGUGCUUUGCUGCACUCCUAAAUUCCACUGCAGGUGCAAGAAGGACUCCCCUGCCUCCUGUGACAAGGAGAUCCACAUUGUUACUGUGGCCUGAGACAAUUAACCUGCCUGUCCCACAGAUCAGGGAUUGGGCCAAGGUGCCCGCUGGGCACACCAGGGAGUUUUGGACCUAAAAACAAUCUCUCAGAGAAUAAAUUCAACAGUUGGCUGAGCUGGCUCAAUGCCAGCGCACACUGUUGUUAAAUCUCAUUACUGCAAACAAAAUGAACUAUUUAUAUGUUGAUAUUUAUGUUUUCACACUUUUUUUUUUUUUUUGUAAUUGUGUUGGUUUGCUUUUGCUAUUUUAUUCAUGUCUGUGUCUCUUCCUGAUCAGCCCUGCAGGAUGUUAUCUGGGACACCUGGGAGGUGAUGUCCUGCAAAACCCCGGGGUUGCUGCUCCCACUCUGAAAACAAGGACACCUUUCCUUGGGACAGAGUGGGAAAUAAGGCUGCUAAAUCAGGGAAUGGGUGUUUGGAAAAGAGGUUUUUUUAACCUAAAUUAUCACCUUAGUCCCUGGCAGGGAUGGGGAAAGGGGGUGUCAUUUGAUGGCAUUUGAAGUUACAUACAAAACUGGAGAGGAAGAGGCAAAAUCAACACUCCUGAUCUUGGUUUGUGGCUUGCAAAGGGCAAGGCUCAAAAACCUCAUGACCCCCCAAAUUCCCCACAUUAUUUAGCACUGAAAUGGUUCCUCUCACCUGAAUUCCUUUAUCUGGCAACCUUCAGGACCUCUCUUCUUUCUUUCCCCCUUUACAUUGCCCUUGAAGAUGCUCACAGAGGUAAACAGAAAUCCAGUGACUGCUGCGUCACACCAUGUGUGAUAUUUUUAAAUGGAAUGUCUCCAUUAAAUGUAAAUAAUACUAAUUGCUCAUUGACUUCUUGGUUUCAAUUCCUCAUUGACUAUGUCAAAACAAUUCCUAGUUUCCUUAUUGACAGUAUUAGGGAGUCUGCAGAGCUGAGCUGGUGAGUAAAGCAAAGCAGUAAAGUGUUGGAGUGUUCCUUCAUUUAAAAAAAUACUUAGUUGCUAAGAAAAUACCCUGAAACCCAACUAAAAUUAAACUGAGGGAAAAAAUAGAUUUCUCUAGUUAAACUGCAUGUUUAAGAGUGUUAAGGAU